GUGGCCUUUGUAGGUGAACCGUAAAGUGGCGUACCUAGUUGACCUGGUGAACCGUGACGCGAAAUCGUUGUUGUCAAAAAUUCAAAAUAUAAAUCACAUACUUAUUUAAAAAGUUUAAACGUUUAUUUUAAUUAAUUGUUAAUUUUGUUAUGCCCGACAGCGUCCACAAUACUCCAAAGCUAUUGCAUAUCCUAAUGUACCUGCCACUUAGUUCCCAUUGUGGAAUUCAAUUAACGUAUUGACUAUUAAAACUAAUUUUCCGUAGGGUAGUUGUUACAUUAAUUACUGCUAAGGCCGUUGUAAACUUAUUGUAGAAUGUAUUACCCGCGACCUUUAUAAUAUUACGGUACACAUUCUGAGAUUGGUGCAUAAAAUUGCAUUUAAGUUUACUUUGCAACAUUGAGGCAUAAUAUCUUCAGCAGAAUCUAAUAACAAACAGCUGAAAAAUGUCUAAAUCAGACGACAUUAUUGACUUGACUAAUUCUUUCACUUUGGCGAGGUCAAACCAUUGUUGUUCAUCAAAUAUGAUAAUUGACUUGGAUACAGAUGACUCUUUCUGCAUUGAAGCUGAUGGUUCAAUUGACUCCCCAUGCAUUUUACCAAGAACAGCUAAUGUGAAACCAACUUUGCGAGUGCCUGCUGUAAUACCAGACACUCCCAGUCCUAGUCGUAAGAAGCCAAAGCUUAAGAAAAGAACACCAAAAAGAAAGAGUACUUCACCAUCACCACUUGCUGCAAAACCAGGAAAGAAGUUUGGUGGUUGUCCCAUAUGUUGGGAUGAGCUAGGUAAAAAUCCUCUAGCAUCAACAAAAUGUGGCCAUGUCUACUGUAUGAAAUGUCUUCAAGAGUACCUAAAACUUGAGAAAAAGUGUCCCACUUGUAGACAAGUGUUAAAGGGAAGUAGUGCAUACCACCCCCUUUAUUUAAGUAAAGAAUGAAUCUUUUUGCAUCUUUGUAUAAUUUUAUUGUUAAUGUUUAUGAGAUUUUAUUGUAAAUGAUAUGAUGAUUGUCUGUAAUGUUUCUGUGCGUGUUAUGUAUCAUUGGUAAGUUAAAGCAACAAUGUCCUAUUACAAAUUUUAUUCUGCUCAAACAUUAAUGAUUCAACUGAUAUAUGUGGGUAAACAAAACACUUCCGCCUAUCCGUUCUGGGAACAUGGUGUGAUGUUAUACAUACAAUCUAACAGUGAUAAUAGUUUAAGGAUUACAUGUAACUUAAGUUUAAGCAGCUCCGCCCACUAGGAUGUUGUUUAUGCUCGAAAUAAUGUACCUUGAGAUUAUUUAUACAUCUAGAUCAUUUUAGCUUUAACAAGUUAACAGAUGGAUAAAAGUCAUUUAAUGUAAUAGAUAUUAGUUAAUGUAGUAACUAAAAAAGUAACUAUUAUUGAAAUGAAUUUUACAUAACAUUUAAUAUUAUCUAUCAUUCAGGAAGUACAGUAGUCUAAUAUUUAAUUUUGUGUACCUGUUAAUGAAUAUGGUUGACCAGUGAUGGUCAAUUUUUAUUUGGAUUUGUAUAAUAUACCAAUGGUUUUGGCAGAAAAAAAAUGCCAAAUGUAAAUUUCAAAGUCUGCUUCCAUUCAUGAAAUAUUCAGUGAAAUUCUACCUACUGUAUUGCUCUCAUUGUGGUAUUCACUUUCAAAUGUAACUACUUCGGCAAUAAAUUGACACAGUGCUAUUAGAGUAGCACUCAAUUUUUAUUUAAUGGUCAAAUGUGUAGAACAAACCCUAACAUUUACAUUUUCUCUACUGACUUUUGAGACUUCCAUAUUUAUGAAAUUAAAUUCUUGUUUUUUGUGAGAUUCUGAUUCCCAAUCUUAUACUUACACUUACUGUCCACUUUGUGAAACAUCGGUAUCUGGGUUUCUGAACUAUCUUUCUUCACUGCAGUUUAACUAUUAUUUUAUCCUUAACUUCACACUAGUUACCUAUUACUAGAUAAACAUAAUCUGGUAAAAGGUAACCAGUGUGGAAUCAAAUUACUUAUAAAUCUUUCAAUGUGUUAUUUAAAAGUAUGUCUAUUUUAUAUGAUCAAUUACUUCAUGGUUGUUUUAGCUCAAUGACAGGAAUUACGUAAACAUGUCUGGAACAACUUACGUAAUUUGCCAUUGUUGUACCAGCCUCAUUAAAUAAUUUAUGAAAAAUACGAAAUGACCAAGAUUCAAUUAAUAUAUAAUUUACCAUUGCGCAAUGACCUAAAGCAAAGAUUAUUUAAAAGUAUGUUAUGAUACAACUUUAAACACUAUAAAAAUCUUCUUUUUUCAGUUGGCUAGUCUUUAAACCUCUUCAACUUAAAUUUAAGUAUUCUUAAGUUGUUUCAAUAACUGUGUACUAAGUGUUUUUUAUAAGUUUCGUCAUUACUUGCCUCUUGUUUUGUAAAUAAUCUUCGAUGUCUGGAAUUCUAAUAAAAACGAUAAUAUAAAUGUA